GGUUUUUGCUUUGCUCUUAGGAACUGGGCAUCAUUGAAAGGAGUGAUUUCUGGGGUAGCGUUAAGUGUGGAGGUGGAGCAAUUGAAGUUGAAGAUUCCUGGUGUUUGUGACACCCGCCGUUGGUGCGAUGCAGACCCGGUGCCUGGUAGGUCCUGUGCCAGCUCCACGCACGAAGCCUCCAGUGAUGAUCCAUGGCCCGGAGCCUCCAGCGAGGGUCCAUGGCCCGAAGCCUCCAGUGAUGAUCCAUGGCCCGAAGCCUCCAGUGAUGAUCUAUGGCCCGAAACCUCCAGUGAUGAUCCGUAGCCCGGAGCCUCCAGUGGUCGUCCAUGACCCAGGGCCUCCAGUGAUGAUCCAUGGCUCGAAGCCUCCAGUGAUGAUCCGUAGCCCGGAGCCUCUAGUGAUGAUCCAUGGCCCAGAGCCUCUAGAGAUGAUCCAAGGUCCGGAGCCUCCAGCGACGGUUCCCAGUCCGGAGCCUCCAGCGGGGGUUCCCAGUCCAGUUUCUUUUCGGUGUCAUCAAUAAAAGAAAGAUGUACGCCUAUCUCACUGCACCUUGGUCUACUCCUUCCAAUGACGAGCGUUACAGUGAUGGGUUCUAAUGGGUAUAGGGUUAGUUGGUAGGAUAAUUACAAUAUACGCAUAUUAGAUUUUUCUCCCGCUUCCCCAUUCCCACUUUGUAUCACAAAGUGUAAUGUAUAUACAGUGCCUUACGAAAGUAUUCGGCCCCCUUGAACUUUGCGACCUUUUGCCACAUUUCAGGCUUCAAACAUAAAGAUAUAAAACUGUAUUUUUUUGUGAAGUAUCAACAAAAAGUGGGACACAAUCAUGAAGUGGAACGACAUUUAUUGGAUAUUUCAAACUUUUUUAACAAAUCAAAAACUGAAAAAUUGGGCGUGCAAAAUUAUUCAGCCCCCUUAAG